AUCCUAUUCAUUUUCAGCCGCCUUUUGUAUUUUGCAUGGGAUUUCUUGCUUGUGGUUUGCUUGGUUGAUUCAAUUGGUCGGAGGGUCGUCCAGACGAAGGAGAUUUUUGUCGGAGCAGGCAGUGCAGACGAAAGAAAUUUUGUUGAAGAGGGCUGUCAAGAUCGCCAAACAAGCCGAGCAGCAUGAGCGGAUUUUGUUCAAGGUUUUUGAUGGGCGUUCUUGGAUUUGGUGCAUUUUGCUUGAUAUUGGGGGCACGAAAUGGCCUCCCAUUUGGUUAGAUCUGUCUGUGCUUGCUAUAGCAUGGGGCUAACCCCCCCAAAAGUUUGCAGGAAAUGAUGUGGAGAUGGAGGAAGCGCAAAAGAGUUUAUCCUCUCAUUCUGAAGGUUCGGAAACACAAAAUUAGAGGUAAUGCUGGGUGAUAAGGAGGAUGCCAAGCAGUCCUUAGGAGUCCUUUGGAUUCAGAGUUAAAAUGAGUGUUACUGGACUGUCGUCUUUAAUAAGAGAGGCAUUAUAUUCUUAUGCUGAGUUUUCUGGUGUGUAUUACUGUCAAUUUAAUUGCUUUAUUGCUUUGUCCUUUUGGGAAAGGUUUUGUUCUUUGCUCCUUUCUUUUUCUUGCAUUUGAGUGCAUCUAAGUGGCACUGUUUCGCAACAAAA